AUCUUUGCGAAAAAGAAAUCCACCCUGUGUGAUUCCAGCCUUGACUCCCCUGUUUCUGAAUGUCCAGGACACUGCUAAUAAUCCAGUAUCACCCUCGUGUUUGUCUCAGUCAUUUUCAGUCCUCCCAUCCACCCCUAAAGACUACACACAAGUGCAAUGAAUUGUAUUCUCUCACUGAACAAAUCACAGUCAUGAGAUGGUAGCUGCUUUGCAUGUGGAGCAGGCAGGCUGCCUGAGUGUGUCUGCCUUUGUCAGUCCAAUUCUCUCACUUGUGCUAAAUCUCUGAAGCCAAAGACGGAAUACACACAUAUAUAUAUAUUUUAUUUUUCUCCUACAACUGCAGGAUGGCUUUUGCUGCAUCUGUAUUUCCUUCUUCCCAAGCCCCAGGGAGCUCCUGAUCUCUAUGUCUGGGAUUCCACUCCACAGCUUUGCUAAGGACCAGUUGAUAGCAUCAAUGAGGACUGAAUCUAAGCAUCUAGUCUCCAGCAGGUGAAUGGGACUGGGAGAAGCCGAUUCCAGUGGAGAACACAUACAGGGAAGCUUUUUUUGUGGUUAGGAGGACAAAUAUCAUCUAACAUUUGAUUUCAGCUGCUCGGGCUUGGGGAUAGUCUGCUAACAUGUGCAGUGCAGAGGCAUUCAACUGUGACUGUCUUGGGCUAUCACUGGAAUCUUAAAAAACCAAGAAGGAAGUCCCAGGGAAUCCCAUAUUAACUUAACUUCAGGGGGAUUUUGUUUCUAACAAUGACACAUUACUGGCUCUCUUUUAGGAGUAUGGUUUUACAAUAUUGGGCAGUUUUGCUGUGCUACAUCCUCUGGCUUCAGGACUGUCAAGGAAUGCCACAUGUUAUCCGAAUAGGAGGCAUCUUUGAGUUUCUGGAAGGACCCACUGGGCAGAUUGUCAGUGCAGAAGAACAAGCCUUUAGAUUUGCAGCAAAUAUCAUCAACAGAAAUCGAACAUUAUUACCAAACACAACACUGACCUACGAUAUUCAGAGGAUCAAUCUCUAUGACAGUUUUGAAGCCAACAGAAAAGCCUGUGACCAGUUAGCCCUUGGAGUUGUCGCCAUCUUUGGUCCAUCACACAGUUCUUCGUCCAACGCUGUCCAGUCUAUCUGCAACGCACUGGAAGUGCCUCACAUUCAGGUCCGAUGGAAGCAUCACCCUCUAGAUAACAGAGACUCCUUCUAUGUAAACUUGUACCCAGACUAUGCCUCGCUUAGCCAUGCAAUUCUGGAUCUUGUACAAUUUCUGAAGUGGAGAUCAGCCACAGUGGUCUAUGAUGACAGCACAGGUCUCAUUCGUUUGCAAGAACUCAUUAUGGCACCUGCCAGAUAUAACAUCCGGUUAAAAAUUCGCCAGCUCCCUCCAGAAUCGGAAGAUGCCCGACCCCUCCUUAAAGAGAUGAAGAGAGGAAGAGAAUUCCGCAUUAUCUUUGACUGCAGUCACGUCAUGGCAGCACAAAUUCUCAGGCAGGCUAUGGCGAUGGGAAUGAUGACAGAAUAUUAUCAUUACAUCUUUACCACACUGGACCUCUAUGCAUUGGACCUGGAUCCGUAUCGUUACUCUGGAGUGAAUCUAACCGGUUUCCGAAUCCUAAAUGUGGAAAACCCUUAUGUGAGCACCAUAGUAGAUAAGUGGUCAAUGGAACGUCUUCAAGCCCCACCCAAGCCUGAGACUGGUCUUCUGGAUGGAGUAAUGACGACAGAUGCUGCUCUGACAUACGACGCGGUUCAUAUUGUAUCUGUUUGCUAUCAGAGAGCACCCCAGAUGACCGUCAACUCAUUGCAGUGCCAUCGACAUAAAGCUUGGAGGUUUGGAAACCGCUUUAUGAACUUCAUCAAAGAGGCCCAGUGGGAAGGGCUGACCGGACGAAUUGUCUUCAACAAAACCAGCGGGCUUCGAACUGAUUUUGAUCUUGAUAUCAUAAGUCUCAAGGAAGAUGGCUUAGAAAAGGUGGGAACGUGGAACCCAACUGAUGGGUUAAACAUCACAGAAGUUGCUAAAGGACGAGGACCAAAUAUUAGCGAGUCAUUGACAAACCGUACACUCAUUGUUACCACAGUGCUGGAAGAACCUUAUGUUAUGUUUAAAAAGUCAGAUACACCACUUUUUGGCAAGGAUCGGUUUGAAGGCUUUUGCAUCGAUCUUUUAAAGAAGAUUUCAGAAAUCCUUGGAUUUGAAUACGAUAUACGUUUAGUUGAAGAUGGCAGAUACGGAUCGCAAGAUGAAAAAGGACAAUGGAAUGGUCUAGUUAAGGAGCUCAUUGACCAUAAAGCUGACCUGGCAGUGGCUCCACUUACCAUCACCCAUAUCCGAGAAAAAGUAAUUGAUUUUUCCAAACCAUUCAUGAAUCUGGGGAUUAGCAUACUAUAUCGGAAAGCCAAUGGGACCAGUCCCAGUGUCUUCUCUUUUCUGAAUCCUCUGUCUCCUGACAUCUGGAUGUACAUUCUACUCGCUUACCUUGGUGUGAGCUGUGUCCUGUUUGUCAUAGCAAGGUUUAGUCCUUAUGAAUGGUACGAUGCUCAUCCGUGUAACCCAGGAACUGAUGUUGUGGAGAACAACUUCACCCUGCUUAACAGUUUUUGGUUCGCAGUUGGUGCAUUAAUGCAGCAAGGAUCUGAACUAAUGCCGAAAGCCUUGUCUACAAGAAUUAUUGGUGGCAUCUGGUGGUUUUUUACUCUUAUCAUAAUAUCAUCUUACACUGCAAACCUUGCUGCCUUCCUCACGGUGGAAAGGAUGGAAUCUGCCAUUGACUCAGCAGAUGACCUGGCAAGACAGACAAAGAUAGAAUAUGGAGCUGUCCUUGAUGGAGCGACAAUGAAUUUUUUCAAGAAAUCGCACAUUUCGACCUUUGAGAAGAUGUGGGCGUUCAUGAGCAGCAAGCCAUCGUCGCUUGUUAAGAGUAAUGAGGAAGGCAUCCAGCGAGUCCUCUCUUCCGACUACGCUCUGCUAAUGGAAUCAACAGCUAUUGAAUACAUAACUCAGAGGAACUGCAAUCUAACGCAGAUUGGAGGACUCAUCGACUCAAAGGGUUACGGAAUUGGGACACCCAUGGGAUCUCCAUAUCGAGACAGGAUAAGUAUUGCUAUUCUACAGCUUCAAGAAGCUGAUGAAAUCCAUAAAAUGAAAGAGAGGUGGUGGAGAGAAGGAGGCUGCCCAGAGGAAAAAAAUAAGGAAGCCAGUGCCCUGGGCAUCCAAAACAUGGGAGGCAUCUUUAUUGUAUUGGCAGCAGGUCUGAUUCUUUCUGUAGUAGUAGCAGUGGCAGAGUUUAUAUAUAAACUCAGGAAGACGGCAGAGCGGGAGCAGCGUUCCUUUUGCAGCACAAUGGCGGAUGAGAUCCGAUUAUCUCUCACCUGCCAGCGGCGUGUCAAACAUAAACCCCAGCCACCUGUCAUGGUCAAGAGUGACGCCGUAAUUAACAUGCACACUUUUAAUGACAGAAGACUGCCUGGAAAGGAUAACAUGACCUGCAAUACUGGAUUAACCCCAGUAUUUCCAUAGAACAAUAAUAAGUGUGCACAAUACUCCUGAUAUCAGUCCUUGAUCAAUAACUUUCAUGCCCGUCACCAAUAUUGACUUAUAAAGAAGCCGAGGGCAUCAGACAUCCUUAUACUCUACAGCCAGAAGUCUCUUGUUUACAAACAAAACUUACAGAGGCAUUUUAUCGCCAAGUUUAUUUCACCCUCAGUGGACAUUGAGAAGCCACAAAGACUUUGUGGCAUUAUUGAGCAUGGCAAUAAAAAUGAAAAUGACUUAAUCGUUGCUGGGAGCUUUGACUCAGAAGAAGGGAGAUCAAUUCUGUCUUGUUGUACACAGCACACUUGCUACACAUGUAUGGUCUGCCAAACUGCUCAGUGGGAACUCAUACCUCAAUAAUGUGCCUAUGAGGAGUUUGCAAAAGGCGCAGACUUUAAGUUAUGUCUGAAUCAGACAGCUAAUGGGUCCUUUAACGCAGCUGAAACAUGAAGAUUACUACUUCAGAACUAAUGCCGAUCUAGAAGAACAUACCUAAGCUGAGGAAAGGGAAUUACACGACACCACCUUAUUACUUAUGUGCUUUCCUUUGCACAGUUCAACGAGACUCUUAGCAUGAACCUUCAACUUGCAAGGAAAAACAUAUCACACAGUAAUAUCAUUCUGUAUACAUUUAUUUUAACCAUACGUCUUUAUUGCAGUGAUUCUUUAUAAAGCUACCACAAGUCUCAAAAUAUCCCACAGGACCAUAUUGCCAACCCAGAAAACCAACUAACCAAAGAUAUGGUUUUAUCUGUUAUCACAGUGUGAUUCGUUAGAGCAAAAUUUAUUACAUAAGUUAAAAAGGGAAAAAAUGCAUUUUGUCCUAUACACAAAAGAUGAAUGGUUAUGAGCGGUAGCUAUGGUGCUCUGUGUAGGAUGACACUUUGGGAUUUGUGCAUAAAAAAAUGUAAUGGUAGUUACCCAGCUUUCAUAACUGUGUACGUAUUGCCACCUUCAUGCUUCUCAAUGGUAAAGACACACUGUUAAAUAUAUAGUUUUGCAAAACAUAUACAUAUCUUGGUGCAAUUUUUCAUUUUAUUUUUGUUUUUUUGUGGGGGAGGGCUGUUAAUAUUGCACCAAACCCAUGUCAAAUGUGUAAAGUAAUGUAAUGAAACAAAAAUACAUGUUUUUCUUCUCUUUUUGUUAACUUCAUUGUAUUCUGUCUUAUUCCAUAACUACCGUAUAUAAGACCUUUAUGGGUAAAUGACAACAUUAUGACCUACAGUAUAAACAAACAGAAUGGAGGAACAUUCAAAAGUAAGCAUUUUAAACAAAGUUCCAUAGCAGGAAGAGAUCUCCAGGAUACGUGCAUUUUCACAAUCAAUUUUCAAUGUUCUGGAGCAAUUUAGCAAAAAUUACAUCCAUCUAUUUUCUGUAAACAGCUCCUUUGGAGACCUGUACUAUGGCCCUGAUUUACUAAAAGUAGUGGGUUUUUAUUAGUGUGAAAUGUGGUUGUCUGACUUGCAGGAUUUCACUGUAUUUGUGUGCAUUUAACAGUAAGUAGGUUGGGUUGUGAGAACACAUUCUUCUUUCAGUCCAGCUGCCACACCCCCUUUCAAAUCAGCCACACCCCUUUUCAGAUGUGCUGGUUUAUUUUGGCACAGUAAGCCACAAAUUCUAACAACCUGACAAAAGUAGUUCAGUUUGACAAAAGUAAAUCAGGGUUUGUAUGUCUCCAUAAGAUCUUGUAGUCAUAUGAUACGCUAUCUCUUGGUUUUACUUGGAAGACUGUCAAAAUACCACAGAGUUUGUAUUCUGUAAUGAGACAGAAAGGUUUACAUAGAGUGUACAGUUUAUACUGAUUGUAGGAUAUCUAUUAUCAUGAUUACUAUCAAAUUUUCUCAUAUAGCUGUUUUGGAAAAAUUAAAAUAGUGCUUUAAUGUGACUCAUAUCCAGCAUUUGUCAAGAUGGAAUGGAAGAUGGACUAACCAUUAAGUAACCGGACUCAUAUUAAGACCUUCUAAUCUCCAGAAGUAAGAACUCCGGGGUAAGGAUAAAUAGCUGCUCUGCUUCCCGUUUUUUUUUUCUUUUUUAAAUAAAAGUCUUAUUAUUUUUUUACAUAAUAUAUAUAGUAGGAAUAUGAAAGCAAGUCUGGAAAGAAUACAAAACCCUCAGCAGGAAGGCACAGUAAACUGGAGCAAAUACUGUAAAAUAAAAAAAUCAAGGGAAAGGAGGAGAACCUCCUAUAGUAUGAGAUGAGACCUGCUCCCUGUCUUACCACACGGCUCCGCUUUCAUGUUAAUCACCUGAAUCCGGUUCCUUGUGACCACCAGCUUCCCACAGGUUUGUGUGUGAAGUGGAAGUCACCUUUUCUGUUUAAGCCUAUGAGACAUUCAUAGACUUACAUAGAGAAAGUGUAAAACCCCUGUAGGAAGCAGGUGGUCCCAAGGCAGCGUGCCAUGAGAUCAGAUUUGCGCGGUGAGAUGGAGAGCAAAGUAGCUGUUUAGCCUAACCCUGCUAAUGGCCCUGAUAAAAUAAUAUUUUUCCCCGGAGAUUCCCUUUCAGCUUCUGAUCUAGAGUUUUAAAAGCAUAAAUGGCCUAAAACGUUACAUUUACUCCAUGUCAAUUUUAGUCUUGUCAGUGUUAAGAUUGCUCUCAUACUUUUUGGUUCCUAGUUGUUAUCCAGGAAUGCCUUUGAAGGAACACAAAACUUCAAAAUGAAUAGGGUUAAAAAGGGAACACUCUUGCCCACAAUGUAAGUCAGUCUGCAGAAUUUUAUUGAACUAGCCUCCUAAAAAUAAUGCAGAGAACAAAGGGAUUGAUUUUCUGCUUAUAGGGUGUGUUCACACUGUGGAAUCUCCGCUUGCUGAAUUCAGCGAGCUGAGAUUCCGCCUGGCGGCCGCCGCAGUAGAUAAUUUGGCUCUAGGGCCGCGGGGCACUGAGCCAUCACCAUUGACGGCUAUGCAUUGCUCGCGGAAUCUGUGCAAAGUUCUUUGCGCGGAACAAUUUCGGCGGCGGAAUUGUCCGCCGCGGAAAUUCCGCAGUGUGAACGGGUCUCGCGGAGACCCAUUCACACUAAUGUUAAGUUCACACUGUGGAAUUCCGCUCUCGGAAUUCCACGGGAAUUCCGUAGUGUGAACGCACCUUAUCAGUUCUGUUUUUGGCUGCUGAAAGUUUUUUUCAAUAUUUGAAGGACAUUCAAAAACUGACUAGUUUUAACAGUUUAUCCAGCUGUUUGAAAAGCUGCCACAUCUUAUACUAUGUCUACUCUUUAUUUGGUGGUAAAGUUAAAAAGUUAAAGCAUGUUUUUUUUUUUUUUUGUUUUUUUUUUGGUACAUACUAUAAAAAAAUUUGUGGUAAAUUCUAAAAGUGAAAGCAUGUUUUUUUUGGUACAUACUAUAAACAAUUUUGUGUGCGUUGAGCCUUGCCCAUUUUCCAAGGCCACAGUCCUGAAUAAACCAAACUGGUGCAAAAUACACAUAAAAAUGGCAAAUUCAGUUUUGAAUAUCCUCCCCAAUGUGUCCUCAUGUAGACUGAACAGGGAUGGAGCUCUGGAGUGGGAAAGAAAGGAACAUGUCUGAUCUCUUGGAACAUUAUUUCUAUAUUUCUCAGUAUCUACUGCAAUUUUGAUGCAAAUUUUAAGUAAAUGGAAAAGACAGGAUAAAGGAAAAUGUGCAAGGAUAUUUUUUCAAAAGUUUAG